CGUCGCCACGGCAAGGCCAACCGACUCGUGGACCGAGUUCCAGAGUUUCAACGGAAAAGUCCAUGAGCCGCCGCCCGAGGUAACUUUGCAUCCAUCCUAUUCAAAGAGUGGGAUUGUGGUGCUUGCUUUAUAAACUCCGUCUACUACAUUGCUGCUUAACCCAUCCUUUGCCAAAUCAUCACCAAAAGUCUCUUCCUUGACACCGCUCCCUUUUUGUUCAACGUCUCCUCUCUCUCCCACACAUACACACAAUUCACAAUGGGUGCUCUCGAUAGACUUUCCCAACUGGGCGGCCAGAUCUCUGGCGGCGCUGCCGCUGGCGGCAAGGCGAAGCUCCUCGAGAAGAACCCCGACGAUAUCGUUGUCACAGCAGCUCUCCGGACAGCCAUCUGCAAGGGCGGCAAGGGCUCCUUCAAGGACACCUUCGCGGCUGACCUCAUGGCCGGCGCGCUCAAGGGCGUCAUUGAGCGCUCCAAGAUCAACCCGGCCCUCGUCGAGGAUAUCGUCGUCGGCACCGUGCUCGCCCCCGGUGGCGGUGCCACCGAGAUGCGCGCCGCCUCCCUAGUUGCCGGCUUCCCCGACUCGACCGCCGUCCGCACCCUCAACCGUCAGUGCUCGUCCGGCCUCCAGGCCUGCGUCGACAUCGCGAACCAGAUCCGUGCCGGCAUGAUCGAGGUCGGCAUCGGUGCCGGUGUCGAGAGCAUGUCGACCCAAUACGGCCCGGGCGCCGUCUCCGAGUUCUCUGAGCUCCUCGAGACCCACCCCGAAGCCGCCAACUGCAAGGUGCCCAUGGGCGUCCUGUCCGAGAAGAUGGCCAAGGACCGCGGCGUCACCCGCGCCAGCCAAGACGCCUUCGCCGCCGCCUCCUUCAAGAAGGCCGCUGACGCCCAGGCCGCGGGUCUCUUCAAGGAAGAGAUCCACCCCCUCAAGGUCAAGUUCGAGGACCCCAAGUCCGGCGAGACCAAGGAGAUCGUGGUCGACCGCGACGACGGCGUGCGCCCCGGCGUGACGGCCGAGUCGCUCGGCAAGAUCCGCGCGGCCUUCGCCAAGGACGGCUCGAUCCACGCCGGCAACGCCAGCCAGGUCAGCGACGGCGCGGCCGCCGUGCUGAUGAUGAAGCGGUCGACCGCCGAGAAGCUCGGCCAGACCAUCCUGGGCAAGUUCGUCGCGGCCUCCAUCGUCGGCGUGCCGCCCCUGCUCAUGGGCGUCGGGCCCUGGAAGGCCAUCCCCAAGGUCUUCGAGCUCACCGGCAUCUCCAAGGACGACGUCGACAUCUACGAAAUCAACGAGGCCUUCGCCAGCCAGUGCCUGUGGUGCGCCAACGAGCUCGGCCUGCCCCAGGAGCGCAUCAACCCCAAGGGCGGCGCCAUCGCCUUCGGCCACCCGCUCGGCUGCACCGGCGCCAGGCAGGUCUCCACCCUUCUGUACGAGCUGAAGAGGACGGGCAAGCAGAUCGGCCUUACUUCCAUGUGCGUGGGCACGGGUAUGGGUAUGGCCGCCGUGUGGGUGGCUGAGUAAGGGAGAAGGGAAAAGGGGGGAGGCUUUUUGUAUACCUAUUUUUCUGUUAAUGACAUGAUGGCUGUGUACUCUUAGAGCAAUGCAUGUGGGUUUGGUUACAUGGACAGAUUCAAAGCGGAUGAUCCUUUUUUGUGAUGAAGCAGUGUUACGGUGUAUGUGCUUGUGGGUGGGAAACAUAUUCAUUCUUCGGAAAUCAUCACGGCUUCUGACCACGACGCUUGCGAUUUCA